CAGCAGGAGGAAUCAAAACCAAGACCCCCCCCCCUCGGUUGCUGCCUUUCUGAGCCCCUGUGAGGUUUGCAGUGAACUCAAAGGGAAGAGCGAAGCCUGAGCAAGGUUGGGGAUUGGACGACAGCAGGAAGGGGGUGAGACUGAGCUGAGUUCUCUUUGCUCUUUCUGGGAUCUCAGGCAGAGAUAGGGCAUCGGGGUGGCAUCUGAGGCCUAACCCAAAUCCUUCUUUGGGGUGAAGUGGAAACCUGCAGCCCUUGAUGGCAGACCCUGUAAAGAGAUGUUGAAGAGAGCAGAUGAUGAACAUCCUAGGCAGGAGCUGAUAAGCAAGAAAACAGAGAAUUGAGAAUCCAAGUGGGCAGGAAUGGAUGUCAAAUGAAAGAACUUAUGCAGUGGAGUAACCACAUGAAUGUAUGUCUACUCAGUAGAAUUGAUAUAACUCACACAGGGGAGAAACCAUAUCCAUGUAUGGAAUGCGGAAAGAGCUUCAAUCGGAGUGAUACUCUUAAGUCACAUCAAAGAACAAACACUGGGGAGAAAUCAUAUAAAUGCAUGGAAUGUGGAAAGAGUUUCAGUAACAACCAUAAACUUAAUGUACAUCAAAGAACUCACACUGGGGAGAAACCGUAUCCAUGUAUGGAAUGUGGGAAGACCUUCAGUCAGAGUGGUCACCUUACAUCCCAUCAAAGAACACACACUGGGGAGAAAUCAUAUAAAUGCAUGGAAUGUGGAAAGAGUUUCAGUCACAACAAUAGCCUCAGGUCACACCAAAGAACCCACACUGGGGAGAAACCGUAUCCAUGUACAGAAUGUGGGAAGAGCUUUAGUCAGAGUGGUCACCUUAAGUCACAUCAAAUAAUCCACACAGGUGAGAAACCAUAUAACUGCAUAGAAUGUGGAAAGAGCUUCAGUCACAACAAUAGCCUUAGGUCACAUCAAAAAACCCACACAGGUGAGAAACCAUAUAAAUGCAUAGAAUGUGGAAGGAGCUUCAGUCAGAACCAUGGCCUCAGUAUGCAUCAAAGAACUCACACAGGGGAGAAACCAUAUAAAUGCAUAGAAUGUGGAAGGAACUUCAAUAAGAGUGGGAACCUUAGGUCACAUCAAAGAACUCACACUGGGGAGAAACCAUAUAAAUGCAUGGAAUGUGGAAAGAGUUUCAGUCAUAACCAAGUACUCAGUAGACAUCAAAGAACUCACACUGGGGAGAAACCAUAUAAAUGCAUGGAAUGUGGGAAGGGCUUUAGUCAGAACGGUGAACUUAGGUCACAUCAAAGAACCCACACUGCGGUAAAAUCAUAUAAAUGCAUAGAAUGUGGAAAGAGCUUCAGUCACAACAAUAGCCUUCGAACGCAUCAAAGAAUUCACACUGGGGAGAAACCAUACGAAUGUGUGGAAUUUUAAAAGAGCUUCAGUUAGCUUUGUUCAUAUCAAGGAACCAACACUGUGAAGAAACCAUAUGAAUGCAUCAAGUGUCGAAAGCUUUAAUUAAACAAUAGCCUCUGUUGUCCUCCAAGAAAUGAGAUGGGGGAGAAACCAUGGAAAUACACAAAAGGUGGAUUAAGCUUCAGCCAUAGAGGUAACCUUAGUUGUGUGAAUAAUAUUUUUAAAAAUUAACUUUAUGGGAUCCAGAGUUUUUGAUCUAAAAAUGUUUUUUAAGUAUGCUUCUGAGGUGGUUUAAAAAUGAAAGCUUUUAGAAAAAUUACUUUUGCGUAUCAUUGAAAAUGAUAAGGGUUUUUCCUUUUUAUCAUUG